AUGUCGCAACUUUCCGACUUCCGUGUCCUGUCUUUCGACGUUUAUGGCACUCUGGUCGACUGGGAAGGAGGCAUACUCGCCGCAUUUCAGCCCACUCUCAACAAGAGCCAAGCUCAGUUCACGCGCAAACAUCUGCUCACGAUCUACCACGAACUAGAGCGUGAGCAGCAGACCAAGACUCCUGAUAUGCCAUACCAUCAGUUGUUGACAACUAUCCACCCCGAGUUCGCCAAGCGCCUGGGCCUGGAGAUUCCCUCUCAGGAGGAAAGCAAGCAAUUUGGAGAGUCAAUCGGCAAUUGGCCUGCCUUUCCGGACACGGUGGAUGCUCUUAAGCGUCUCUCAAAGCAUUACAAACUGGUGGUUUUAUCGAAUGUCGAUCGUGAAUCUUUCGCAAAGACCAAUGCUGGCAGUCUCGAAGGCUUCCCCUUUGAUCUGAUCAUCACGGCUCAAGACGUGGGCUCGUACAAGCCGGAUCUUCGCAACUUUGAAUAUAUGCUGAAGACCGUAAAAUCGACUUUCGACAUUGAGCCUUCUCAAGUCCUUCAAACUGCGCAGAGCCAGUUCCACGACCACCACCCCGCCAAGAAGAUUGGAAUUAAGUCUGCUUGGAUUGAGCGACCAGGCGCCACAAUGGGAAAUUUGGCUGAUAAUGUCUAUGACUGGCGUUUUGAUACCAUGGGAGAUAUGGUUAACGAAGUGGAGGCUGGGCAGUGA